AUGGGCUCCGUCGAGCUUCCCGUCGCCGACGACGCAGACCGAGCCCGGCUGCAGCAGCUGGGAUACAGGCAGGAGCUCAAGCGCGGCCUCUCUGUCGUUUCCAACUUCGCCUUCUCCUUCUCCCUCAUCUCCGUGCUGACGGGCGUGACGACGACGUACAACACCGGGCUCCGCUACGGCGGGCCGGCGUCCAUGACGCUGGGCUGGCUCAUCGUGGCGCUCUUCAACGGCUGCGUGGCACUGUCCAUGGCGGAGAUCUGCUCCGCCUACCCGACCUCCGGCGGCCUCUACUACUGGAGCGCCAAGCUCUCCGGCGAGGACUGGGCGUCCCUUGCUUCAUGGUGGACUGGCACGGCGAGCGUGGACUUCUCGCUGGCGCAGCUGAUCCAAGUGAUGGUCCUGCUGGGCACCGGGCGAGCCAACGGCGGCGGCUACAUGGCCUCCAAGUACGUCCUGCUCGCAAUUUACGCCGCCAUCCUGGUCGUGCACGGCGUCAUCAACAGCCUCCCCAUCCAGCGCCUGUCCUGGCUGGGCAAGCUCGGAGUCUUCUGGAACACGGCAGGCGUAUUUGUUCUGGUGAUCCUGAUUCCAGCGGUUGCCAAAGAGAGACCAGGCAUGGAGUUCAUCUUCACCCACUUCAACACCGACAACGGCGUGGGGAUCCGCGACCGAGCUUACAUCUUCGCCAUGGGGUUGCUGAUGAGCCAGUACUCUCUCCUAGGCUACGACACGUCUGCUCACAUGACGGAAGAGACGAAGAACGCAGACUGGAAUGGGCCGAUGGGGAUUGUCGCCUCCGUUGCUCUGGCGAGCGUGUUCGGAUGGGUUUACCUGGUGGCCCUCACCUCGGCGGUGACGGACGACAUCCCGUACCUCCUCGACGCCGGCAACGACGCCGGUGGCUACGCCGUCGCGCAGGCGCUGUACGACGCUUUCCGCAGGAGGUUCGGCAGCGGCGCCGGAGGGAUCGUCUGCUUGGGGAUCGUCGCCGUCGCCGUCUUCAUCUGCGGCUCCACCAACGUGACCAGCGACUCGAGGAUGGCGUAUGCCUUCUCCAGGGACGGGGCGAUGCCGUUCUCGCGUGUCUGGCACCGGGUGAACAGGCACGAGGUGCCCUUCAACGCCGUCUGGUUCUCCGUCGCCGUCGCAUUCGUCAUAGCCCUUCCGCUGCCAGAUGGUGGUGGCUUCACACGCACGCUUGCUAAUCUCUCUUCCUGCUUGCAGUCGCUGGGGAGCCAGGUGGCGUUCCAGGCGAUGGUCUCCGUGGCGACGACGGGGCUGUACAUCGCCUACGCGCUGCCUAUCCUCUUCCGCGUCACGACGGCGCGGGAAUCCUUCGUCCCGGGGCCGUUCCACCUCGGGCGGCGGUGCAGCCUCAUCGUCGGCUGGGUCGCCGUCGCCUGGGUGGCACUCCUCACUGUGCUCUUCUCCCUGCCGGUGGCGUACCCCGUCGCGGAAGCCAACUUCAACUACACGCCCGUCGCCGUCGGCGGCGUUCUGCUGCUUAGCGUCGGCGCGUGGGUGCUUCACGCCCGGUUCUGGUUCCAUGGGCCCGUCACAAACGUUGCCGCCGGCUGA